CUGAAUUUUAUUACGGGUAAAACGUAAACAUUCCUUUUAUCACACGUCAAGACUAAGCAUGGACAAUAUACUUUUAGCACUGGCUGGCACAUCUUUUUUCAAGUAUGCUGCAUAUAUUUAUAUGUCCAAACGAUCAUAUCAAUGUGUUGGGACAGUCUCAGAACUCUAUCUAUAUCCCGUGAAGUCUUGCAAGGGCCUCAAAGUAAACAGUUUACGAUGUACCCGUCUCGGUGUGGAGUAUGACGGCAUGUUUGACAGACACUGGGUUUUUGCAACAGAAAAAGAUGGUCAGUGGAUUACACAGAGACAAGAGCCGCGCAUGGCUCUAAUAUCAAUUUCUUUACAUGGAGAUGAAAUACACUUUGAUGCACCAGGAAUGACAACGCUCAAGUUACCAAAAGACCCGAAGAAGGACCAAUGUAAAGUAAAAAAAGUCCAGGUCAAGAUGGAUAUUAUAGAUUCUCUUGAUUGUGGAAGUGAGGCUGCCGCGUGGAUCAGUAAAUACCUUGGUAGAAAGAUGUGUCUUCACUACUCACCGAGUGAUAUGGAGAAACGUGAUUCUGUUAAUGCUCAAAAGCUCUGGAGCCAUGAUGCCAAACAGGGGGAUCUGUUGGCAUUUUCUGACUAUUGUGCUUACAUGAUGUUGUCUCAGUCGGGUCUCGAUGAACUUAAUAAUCGUCUUGCCGAACCAGUCACGUGUCUUAACUUCAGGUCUAACAUCAUCGUUAAAGGAUGUCCACCAUAUGACGAGGACAACUGGGACGUUAUAAAGAUAAGAAAUGCUAAAUUCAGAAAUAUAGAUGCAUGUACAAGAUGCAUUCUGACGACAGUUGAUCCAUUCAAAGGAGAAAAGUCCAAAGACGAAGAACCGUUAAAGACCUUGCAAACGUACAGAGCCUUUGAACCUUAUCCUCCAAGUAAACCAUUAUUUGGAAUCCAUCUUGCCAAUGACAUAGAAGAUGUCAUCCAUGUUGGAGACCCGAUCUACGCCAUAAGGAAAUAGACUUUAAUACAUAAGUUCUCUAUUAGUUAGGGCUAUAAAGCAGAUUCAGUACACAUUGAAGUUGGUCAUCUGAUUAUAAGUCACAGAGAAAACACAGUUCAAUGUGUUACUAUAAGCUCUAUAUAAGAAUGAAAGUGUCUCUAAUGGCCAUAUAGAGUGACAGAUUUUCUGUUUCUCGCAUGGCCGUAUAGAUUGAUAGAUUUAUGUGUUUCUACUGGCCGUAUAGAUUGUGACAAAUUUUCAACAAAAAUAAUAAAUAAUUCAAACCUGAAAAUGAUCGAUUUACAUAGUUCAGUUAAACAUCAGAUCUAUCUUGAUUGAUUCACCGGGUUCACUUAAACAUCAAAUUUGUCUUGAUUAAUUCACGGCGCUCACUUAAACAUCAGAUAUGUCUUGAUUGAUUCACCGGGCCAAAUUAACCAUCAAAUCUGUCUUGAUUGAUUCACCAAGUUCAAUUAUCAAUCAGAUCUGUCUUGAUUGAAUCGCCAGGCCAACUUUACGUCACUUAAUCAUCAUAGUUGAUUGAUUCACCGGGUCCUAGUAACAAUCAUAUCUGUCUUGAUUGAUUCACCAAGCCCAAUUAACCAUCAAGUCUGUCUUGAUUGAUUCACCGGGCUCUAGUAACCAUCAUAUCUGUCUAGAUUGAUUCCGGGCUAUUAACCACAAAUUCUGGCUUGAUUGAUUCACCUGGCUCAAUCAACCAUCAGAUCCGUAUUGAUUGAAUCACCAGGCUCGUUUUAAGUCACUUAAUCAUCAGAUCGGUCUUGAUUGAUUCACCGGGCUCAAUUAACCAUCAUAUCGAUCUUGAUUGAUUCACCGGGCUCAAUUAACCAUCAUAUCGGUCUUGAUUGUUCACCGGGCUCAAUUAACCGUCAUAUCGGUCUAGAUUGAUUCACCAGGCUCUAUUAACCAUCACACCCGUCUCUAUUGAUUCAAUUCUUUAUUACUUUGAACAAUACAGUUCAUCAGUAUAGUAUGCAUAAAUAUUCAAUUUACAAGUUGUAUAUGCGUUAACAAACACGUAUAUAAACGUCAGAAAUAUCAGUCACAUAUUAUACAGUUUGUAAGAUUCAGACUACAUAUAAUAUAAAUAUGUCUUAAAUAUUGUUUCUGCACUUAAAUGCAUAGAGUAAGUACUUUCCAAGAUUACAAAGUUCCUUAGUGUUUUCAACAGAAAGUAAUUGUACUAAUUUAUAAGUUGAAGGUCUAGUCCAUUAAUAUUUCUUGAUAAACUUCUUACGUAUAUCACUAUAAUUUGUACAUUGUAAAAUAAAAUGAAAUUCAUCCUCUACGACAUUUAUAUCACACAUAAUACACAUCCUACUAUUUUUACUUAUUCCAUAAAAACGACCAGUUUCAAUACAUAGGUUGUGUGAGGACAGACGAAUUUUCGUUAUCCUUUUCGAGACAUUAAUGGAAUACAUUUUCGCAAAUAAAAUUGUAAUUCUACAUUUGACACAAUAUACUUAUAUAUAUUGAUGUUUCAAGCGUAAAAUGAUCUGUCAUGAUUGGUCCACAAGGCUUUAUUUAACAUCAGAUCUGUAUUGAUUGAUUCACAAGGCUCAGUUAAACAUCAGACCUUCAGGCUUGCACGAAUAUUUCACCAGACUCAGUAAAACUUAAGAACUGUCUUGAUUGGUUCCCCAAGGCUCAGUAAAACACCUGAUCUGUAAGUCAACUACAAAGAUAGAAAACAAUUGUGAUCGCUAAUCAGAGGAGCAACUGUCAAUGAUGUACUUUACUGUGUAGAUAAUAUAUAAAGAAGAUAGAGUCUUUCAAAUUUCUUAGAGCAUUAAAGCAAAAGUGGUGAUACACCGUCCAUAAUAGUCAGUCAUAUGAAGUUUAUGGUGCAAAUAUUUAUAGUUUCAGGAGUUAUAUGAUUUAUUUGAAUUUUUAUUUAUUUUUUAGAUUUUUAUGUUUUUUUGAUAACAUUAAUAAAUAUCCAUAUAUAUUA